CUCGCUCCUGCGACUGUCGUGCCCGUCGCCCCUGGCUCCACGGUUACUCUUCUCACUCCACCUGUCAAUGGUGGCUUCUCUAUCACUAUUCCCAAAGGGUUCGCUGGCCAGACCUAUGUUGUCUUGACCACUUGUAAUGAGAGUGUCUCUGAUGACACCACUGCUGCUGGUCCUGCCAUUCUUCAGAUCUCAAACUGA